AUGGUCUCAUUCACACUGCAGUCGACCAUCUCAUCAGAACACGCAUACCUCAACGCACACAUUCUCAAGAAAAUCACAGCACAGAUACCAUCAGUCUCAAUCUCACCAACGCAAUGGUCUCAUAUUACGGAUCUAGAACUCGCCGACCCAGACUUCUACAAAUCUGGCACCAUUGACCUUCUCAUCGGCGCAGACUUCUAUGGUCGAAUCAUACGACCUGGUCUCAGAGCAGGAAGUUCUUCAGAACCAAUUGCCAUGCAAACCAUGCUCGGCUGGACGAUUCUCGGCCCAGUCCAUGAACAAUCUCAUCAUUCACCUAGCCUGUCUCAUCAUAUCAUCUCAAAUGCUCAACUGCACGACUCUCUCACCAAGUUCUGGGAACUUGAAGAAGUUCCAGAAUCCUGCAACGAAACUCUCACAGUCGAGGAAGCUGAGUGUGAAGCUCACUUCCUAACCACUCAUUCUCGAGAUGCAUCAGGACGAUACAUCGUCCGUUUACCAUUCAAAUCAUCAUCGCUGUCUCAACCGUCUCAUGAAGCGUCUUUCUCAAAACCCUGA